GUUAUAAUAUUCAAUCAAGACCUCGCUGACUCGACUAAGUCUUCAUCGUCCCGUUAUGCGACUGCACUGUUUUGCGGGGCUACUAUUAUUGCUCGCUAAACCCGUUUUAUCAGACCCUUCGUCGUCUGGGCUUACUCCUCCAGGGCUCCAUCCUCUCAUAGUCCGCGGUGACGCCCUACUUUCCGCUGGACAAUUUAACGAUGCAGCGAAAACAUACACAGACGCCAUCUCACUCUCCCCUGCAGAUUACUUACUGUUCUAUAAGCGAGCUACAGCUUACUUCUCGUUAAGCCGUCACGCGAGCGCGCUCGAUGACUUCACCAAGGUUCUGGAAUUGACUGGCGGAGAAUUCGACCGUGCCAUUAUGAUGAUGGCAAAGAUCCAUACCAAGGAAGGAGACUGGGCUCAUGCCAAGGAGUUACUUGCAACGUAUAACAUGAAGGUUGCUGGUGAUCAAGCUGCGAACGACAUGCUAAGUGACAUCAAGGAGGCCGAGGCAGCAGCCUCCAAGGCUGUUAAAGCAAGACGCGCCCAGUUAUGGACUGUUUGCUCAGAAGCUGCAACGCAGGCCCUACGGGUGGCCAGUCAUAAUUCUGAGCUCAGACAGACAAGAGCAGAUUGUAAUUUAGCCAGUGGCGACGUGCAAGGAGCCGUGCUCGACCUGACUCGAUUGUCGUAUUUAUCCCACCCUACCACUCUCUCUCUUAUCCGCAUUUUCCGCCUCUCUUACUUCCUGCUUCCACCUUCACAGUCGUCCUCGCAUCUUUCGCCUCUCAAACAAUGUCUUCACCUGGACCCCGACUCAUCUUCGUGUUUACCAGCUCAUAGACUCGCGAAAUCUCUCGACAAGGGUUUUGCGAAAUUGGAGAAGCUUUUGGAGGCCAGUGAUUGGAAAGGCGUUUUAAAGCAUGUCGUUGGCACUGCGAAAGACUUUCCUGGCAAUGGCUUUGCCCUUACUUUCGAAGACGCGCUGCUUGCGAAUGGGGAUCCAGAGAUGCUGUCACCACCUUCAUCCAAGCUCCCACUACCUACUGUUCUCUCUUCAAGCCCGCGUCGCGCUCUUAUCCUUCGUGGAGCAUGCCGUGGUUAUUUGAGGCUCAACAACGCAAGGAAGGGUGAACCUUGGUGUGAUGCUCUGCUUGCGAUGUCUGAAGAUACCUUCCGAGCCCUGAAUGAUAUGGGCGGCGACACCAAUGUGGAAGUUGACGCAUGGGUGGUGAAGGGCGAGGCAAUGCUGAUUCGUGAAGAAUGGGAAGACGCAGUACGCUCUUUUGAACGGGCGUUUGAGAGCAGUGGUCGCAGCGACAGAGACGUGCUAGGGCGGCUACAGAAAGCCCAACGAUUACUAAAGCAAUCCAAGCAGAAAGAUUACUACAAGGUUCUCGGCGUCUCUAGGGACGCAGAUUCUAAAACUAUCAAGAAAGCCUUCCGCAAAGCAGCUAUGACAGCACAUCCUGACAAGGGAGGCUCAGAGGCGAAAAUGGCAGAAGUGAAUGAGGCAUACGAGGUCCUGACUAAUCCAGGCAAGAACAUAUAUAACUAA